UUGCAAAACGCAACUGUCAAAAAAUAAAAACAUCGCAGACCUUUCAUCCUUUACUCGGGUAAAUCCUGGAAAAUCUCCUGAAUCUCUGAGGAAGUAAUCUUCCAGGUGCAAUGUCAACACGUUGGUAUCCCAUCUAUCAGAAAGGGAAUCCCCAGCUGCGGGUAUUUCUCCCGAAUUUCUGGAUGAAGCUCAUCCGCCCGGUACAUGAGCAGCCAAAAAAUGUGGUUCAGUUUUCCUGCUCGCUGGAGAUGACAAAGUACGACGUCCAGAACUAUCUUGAGAAGAUCUACAAUAUCCCAGUGAAGGAGGUACGAACAAGGAUUGAGAGUGGGAAGACAACUCAAGAUCCCAAUUUUGGUUACAUCAAGAAAGCUGAUGAUGUUAAGAUCGCCUAUGUUACUCUGCCACGUGAUAUGACCUUUGAGUUUCCCGAUAUCUUCCCGAAGGAGAAAAAGGAUAAAAUUAAAGACGAAAAGUCUCUGGAUGAAGCAAAGAAGAAUUACAAAAAGUUCCUCGAUAGGAAUAAGAGUAGACCAUCAGUUCCCGGAUGGUACAGCAUUUAGUCAUCAAUCAUCCAAGCUCAGUUAUUUUAAAUAAAUUGUUAGUUAUAAACUUUAUUAAAGAAAAA